AUGGAAUCAGGUGCGAAAAGGAGAAAUAUUCCUCACUGGCCCCCGUUCAAACAGUCGUAUCAGGGCUUAACUUCAAGGGACGACUUGCAACUCACUCCGCUGCCCAGCACUGGCAGAGGCCCUCUUUCAAGUCAGCACACUGGCAGCUAUUUCAGUCCAGACCUCAACAGUGCGACUGCAUACACGCCCGAUCCUCUAGCGACCACUCCUACUCCUACUCCCUACCUUUCAUCUCUGGAUAGACCUCCGAAGAACAAAAGAUGGUUUGGAAGUGGUUGGCAAGCCAGUUCCAAAAUCGCCUUGUUCUGUGCAACAUUCGUGCUCGUCGCAAAUGUGGUCAUGACAGUCGCCAUUGUGGCUGGAGGCCAUAACAUGAUGGAGGGUGUCUACAUGGUUUAUUGGGGUAGUUGUAAGGCAACCGAAACCAAGGACACCUGGGUUCAUCUGGGUCUCAAUAUUGUUGCGACAGUCCUGCUCGCCAGCUCAAAUUACUGCAUGCAACUGCUGUCAUCGCCAAGCAGGAGUGAGGUCGACAGAGCACACGCGAAGCGGAAAUGGCUCGACAUUGGUAUUCCAAGUGUCAGAAACCUGAGCUCUCUGAAAAAGAAAAAAGUGCUUCUGUGGUGGAUCCUUGGAAUUUCGUCAAUACCACUCCACCUAGUCUAUAAUUCCGUGUUCUAUUCGGCGCUGGCCACGAACAAUUACAACGUUCUCUACAUCGACGAAGACUUUGUCAAUGGAGCGGAGUACGAUAGACAGCAGUUUCCGGAUGAUGCUGAACGCAAUAUAACCGACAUCCAGUCACGAGCUGGUGGAUUUGAAAGAUUAUCCAAUGCCGAUUGUAUUGGUCUGUACGCAAAAGAUUUUGUUGAAGACCGUCGAAAUGUUCUCGUUGUUGUUAAGAACCCGCCGACGGACCAGGGCUCACUCCUGAAUGUCACAAUCAACGAAUUUCCCGAAAAAAUCACAGCCGCUUAUAAUGCAUUCGCAUGGAUUUGUGAUAGUCCAGAUCUUGCCAACCAGACCGGCGCCUGUUGUCCCAAUGAGUUCGGUUUUAUCCCUUGUGGCAAAAUGAUCUCGAAACUAGAGAAUAUGUCUGAACAGUGGUCCACUGGAGGCUUCGAGGUCGAUCACUGUCUAUCAGAAAACGUCGAGUCAGAAUGCCAUUUGCAUUUCUCUCUCAUUCUCAUGGCUGUUGUUUUGGGUUUCAACAUCCUUAAAGUCCUUGGUAUAGCUUACGUUGCGUUUCGACUUGGCGAGGCACCUCUCGUCACCGUGGGCGAUGCUGUCGACUCCUUUAUUCGUAAUCCUGAUCGCACGAGCGAGAACAUGAGCCUGUCCAGCCAUGCCAGCGUCGUUGCCUCUGACAGACUGGGUUAUAGCGCAUCCUCUAUGCGUUACGAGCCAGAACAACACCGCUUCUAUGAGGCCGCAACUUGGAAACAAUGGAGUUUUCUGUUGACAGUGUUUGCGGUUGCCGGCGCUGGCACAAGUGUAUGCCUCGCCCUUGGAAUUGACAGUUUCAAAGGUGAUAAAACAAUCGCAAAUGCAUGGGCUGUUGGACUCGGACAGGUCAAACCUCAAAAUCUUGUGAUGGGAUGGAAGCUUCCAGGGUAUGGCAAUACCUCCAUUGCUGUUAGUACGCUCAUCGCCAAUGCGCCACAAGCCCUGUUCUCUUUCCUCUACGUCUGUUACAACAGCUUAUUCACCAUCAUGUUCCUCUCGCGCGAGUUGAUGACUUUCAGCGUAACGACCGGUCGUGGGCGGAAAUACCUGCGUGUCAGCGAUCCCAAAGGCGAACAGAAAUGCACAUAUUUCUUGAAUCUUCCCUACAAGUACGGCAUUCCACUCCUGAUUGGAUCCGGUCUGAUGCAUUGGCUGGUAUCUCAGAGUGUGUUUCUUGCAAACAUCACGAUCAUCCCACGCGACGGUCUUGUACCGAUGCAGGAUGAGAUCACCACCGUUGCCUACAGUCCACUGGCCAUGUUGUUCCUCCUGUUCUUAGGGUUUUUCCUUCUGAUGUUCCUCCUCGGAAUAUCCAUGCGGAAAUUGCCAUUCGGCAUGCCUUUGAUAGGAAGCAAUUCGAUGGCUUUAAGUGCCGCUUGCCAUCUACCGGGCUACACGCAAGCUGAGCGAGAUGAAGCUGUUACGCGUCCUCUCAGCUGGGGCGCAGUCCCAAUGGGUAGUAAGACGGGAGCAUUGGGCAUCCGUGAUGUCGUCAAUACCAGAGACUCUGAUUCAGAGGAUCUCAAUAGAGGCAUCGGACAUUGUUGUUUCUCAGACAAAGUGCUCGAGGUCCCAUUGAGAGGGAGUUUAUAUUCUUGA